AUGGAUCCGGUUCUUGACUAUGAUAGUCCCUACACUACUUGGACGCAAGGGAUGUCAAUAAUGGCUCCAAAAUCCUCGUCUCGACGGAUACGUAUACGGAAGUCCCGAGGCCGUGGCCUGCGCACAACAAACGGAUGGAGGCGACACCUCAAGUGCGAUGAGGGAAAGCCUAUAUGCGGCCCUUGUGUGAACAAGGACAAGAUCUGUGAAUAUGCCAACCCAGCUGAUGGUCCGAAGGCAAUUUGGACCCCCGAAAGUGCGAAUGACGAGACUCCCGCCUCUAUUAUCCAACAAAAUGGAUCACCUCAGACUAGUCGUGAAAUCUCGAGUGCAGUUAUACCAGAUUUAGCCCCGUUUGAGCCGCAUGAAAUACCGCCUGCAGGCUGGACUAGCCCAGACCUGAACGAUAACCCUCACCCAGGCGGAGUGAAUGACCAGGAUCCAGGAAGUGACGUCCUUGGAAUCUCUAGUCCAAUCAUCUUUCAAAAUAAUCAGCUUUCUCCAACCAAUGCGGCUGUUGCAGCUGUGCGGUGGUUUGGGCUGCUGACCAGUGAUGUCGCCAAGGACAGUCCUCAACAAUCAAUUAUUCCCAAUUCUUGGGAGACUGAAGGCCUGCUUCUUGAAAAAUCUAGCAAUGGCACUAACGAUCCUAGCUCACUUCAGCGCGCAACCCAAGUCCUAGACAGCCCUCCUGCCAGCAAUGGAAUUUAUGACCCUAUUGAUCCUGGUACAUUUGAAAGGGCCGCCCUCGCAGAAGGAGAGAUCUGGCAUUCGCGAGAUCCAAUUGAGCUACUGGCCAAUGAGCAAGUACUAUUUGUGCAUUUCGUACAACAUGUCAGCUCCUGGAUCGACCUUUUUGAUCCAACAAAUCAGUUUUCUACUUUUGUUGCUCACUUAGCGAUUCACAAUGCCGGGCUUUUGAAUGCUAUACUGGCACUUGCGCUACGACAUCUGGCCUUGAACCCCCACCAAGAUACCCAAAACAUUCCCGAAAAAGAGGAUGCUACCGUGCAAUACUAUUAUCAGACUCUACACUACGUGCAUAGGGCCAUGCAAUAUCCUACCUACAAGACAAGCCUGGAACUUCUCGCUACCACCCUGAUCAUCUCCGCUUACGAGAUGCUUGACAACUCAACCAACGGCUGGGAGAGGCACCUUGAAGGGGUUUUUCUAAUUCAACGCUCUCAAACCAUCCAUGGGGAAUCAGGUGGACUUCACUCUGCGGUCUGGUGGGCAUGGCUAUGUCAGGAUAUUUGGGCUGCCUUUCGCGAGCAACGAAAGACACUUACCUUCUGGGUCCCUCAAAAACCGCUUCCUGUGCUACUACCACACGAACUCGCCAAUCGGGCGAUAUAUCACGCUGCAAAGGUUAUCAGCUUCUGUGCUGACGCUACUACUGAAACCACUAUACAAAGUCGUAUGGACGAAGCGAAUAGACUUCGCGGAAUGUUAGAUGACUGGCAACAGCACCUAACAAUUGAGUUCUCGCCUUUGCCUUUGGGGCCACGGGAGACCUCAUCUUGCUUUAAACCAAUAUGGAUCAGUCCACCUGCUUUUGCUGUAGCAGUUCAGUUCUUUAGCGUGUCGCAUAUCUUAUUACUAGCCCAUGAACCGAGUAUUGGAGGAUUGGAGCAGUAUACGACACGACAGAGUAUGAUCAAACGAUAUAUUGAGGAUAUUUGUGGCAUUGCCAUGACACUCAAGGAUAGUGCAUCUAGCGUGAUGUCAUCACAGGCUUUGUUCAUCGCUGGCUUGUUCACACAAGACAAAGAUGCCCGUGAAGCCAUAUUGGCGCUUUUGGUUUCCUGUCGGCAGCGCAGCGGUUGGCCAGCUAGCCCGCUAGGGCUGGAGCUACAACAGCUAUGGGAUUGUCCUCGACCAUCUUCAGUUUCGAAAUGGUUUAUGUAG